UUUGUAUUAACCAGAGUAACAUUUCAAAAUGGAUACAACUCCAUUAAGCACCGGUCUUUUUACUGCAAAUGAAACUACGACUCAAGCACCGCUGCCAGAUUAUUCCACUUUUCUUGUGGUAUGCGAAGUUGUAAAUGCUUUUGUAUUUGUUUCAAUGCUUUGGAUCAUGAUAUCCAUGAUCAUGCAUGGAUCAAGGACAAAUAAGUGGAAAAAAAGUGGACCUUCAAGCAUGAAUAGUGGUAUGAUUUAUACUGCAUGUAUCUGUGUUGCUGCUCUAUCACUGCCGAGGUUAAUUUUGAACGGAGUGAUUUUUCACAUCCAAAAUAUUGAAGGAGGAUUAGAAUGGUGCGAGUUUGUGUUUGACGCAUCAGAUGUAACUGGGUACGCAACUCUUUACCCGAUAUAUUUAUUUUUAUGGUUACGUCACAGAGUCAUAUACAACCACCCAACCGUGCAUGCUUUAACUGGAAGGUUCGUCAAAGCUCUCAGUUGGGUUACGAUUGUUGGCCUGACCUUGAUGUCAAUUGGAGUUCUACUUUUUCUUGUUAUACCCACGUCGUAUCUCGCUACCCCGCAAGGAUGCAUUCUCGACCCCAAAAGUGAUGCUUCAAUGGGCUAUUAUGUACUUGCUGGUCUUAUGAUCCUAGCGCAAGGCUUGCUUCUCGGGCUAUUUAUUUAUCCAAUGGUUCGCACCAAUGAAGCCCAAAAGCAAAAUUCCAAAUUGGAGUCGAACGAUCGUAAAGCUAGUUCUACAUCUGGAGAUUUGAGGAAUUCGGAAGAUAGCUCGAAGUUUGACCGACUAAUCUGUUGGAAACGAAACAACAAGAAACCUAAAAAGAAGGCUAAUUCAGUAACAAGAACCAUCCGUCGUUCCACUAUUAGCGCGAUUAUUACUGUCAUAACCGAUCUUAUAAUUGUUGCAAUUGCAACAUGGAUAAUGCCUUCCACAACUCCCCUGGCAGCAACAAAUGCAUUUUACAGCGUGGGAAUUUUAAUAAACGUAUUCUGUGCUUUGGCAACGUUUGGAAGUAACGAGAAAAUCCUGACAGAGUGUUGCAGAACAUGCAGAAAAGAUGCAAGUCCGGACUCAGAGACAAUCGAUUCGUCGAGUCAGCAGAGAUCGCAACCAUCUAACAACCAAAAUGGAACAAGAUUAACUGCUUUGAAUAGCUCUAGUGUACCAUGAAAACAAACUUUUAGACUUUGUUACUAUAUAGAGUAGACUGUUCGUUAUGAUGAAUUAAAUUGUUCUCCUUUGUGACAACGUGAAUUCACCAUAUAUAUGCAAUAUUGCAUAUUUGAUCGGGGUGCAGUCCCUUUGCAGGAUGAUUUGAAGCACAGUGCUUGCAUGUAAAUUGGAUUCGAUAAUAUGUUUGUUGACAAAUGGUUCAAGAAAACUUUAAAAGUCAGAUACAUGGUAGACUAUAAGGUUCGCGCGAUGUGUUUCCCACCAGAAUACAUUACCCCAUUCGGUCGACGAUACAGCCUUGCACUCUGCCAUUCCAAGUCAAAAUUCAAAGUGGAUAUUCAUAAUGAACCGUGAUGUUUCAAAAUUUGUUGAUAUGUUCUAUUAUUUUCUAUUUCUAAUAACCUACUUUGUUUGUUCUGCUUUAUUAUGCUAUAUAUACAAGCAUCAUACUUCGUGGUUUUGAACUCUAUUUUAUUUUUCCCAAAUAUAUUCAUCGUUCUGUAUAUAUAUAUACGUAUAUACAAGUUAUUUACCAAAUCCCAACAUAUUAUUGUUCAAAUAUCGUUCACUUCUGCGAAUGUUUCUCUGUAUUUGCAUCAUUGAUACUACUGUAGCUGGGAAAUAUUAGUAGGCUACGAUAUGCAAGUGAUAAAUUGCAAUAUUUAUAGUAAUGUCUGUCCUCUGGAUGACGUAUGAGAGCAGUGUUUUUUAUGAAUUGGUAGAAAAACCAGUAUUAACAUAUUUUUCGCUUACCAACAACUACAGAUUGUGUUACUUUUCAUUCAACGAUAUUUCAAAUAAAUACUA